AUGGCCUUUCAGUGGAAGGCAUUCGACUUCUUCGACGUCAGCCAGGUCCGACUCGCCGACGACGAGACCCGUCUCUUUUUCGAGAGCAACGAGAUCGCCAGCGUCUGCUCCGGCUCGGACAGUCUGUUUCUUGGUAGCUACGAUGGAUACGUCCGCAUUGUCGGCGCGAGCUGGAAGGUGGUGAAGAGUUUCCAGGCCCACGAUGUCGGAACGAUUACACACAUGCGCCAGAUUGAGGGAACAAGCUUGCUGGUUACGGUCGCUGAAGACCUCAGUAGCGAGCCGGUGCUGAAGAUAUGGGCUCUGGACAAGCUGGUCAAGAAGACGAACAUGCCGACUUGCCUGAGCACCCUGAACAUCAGUAACGGCAAGAAGCAGUUUCCCAUCUCGGCCAUUGACGUCCUUGAUAACCUAAGUCAAGUCGCAGUUGGCUUUGCCAACGGCGCCGUAACCCUGAUCCGAGGCGACUUGAUCAACGACUUGGGAGCCAGACAAAGAACCGUGCACGAAUCCGAAGAACCGAUUACCGGCGUUGAGUUGAUGACCGACUCCCAGGGCCUCACAACCUUGUUCAUCUCGACGACAACCCGGAUCCUGAAGUUGAGCAUCUCCAAGAGGGGCCACAGCUCUCCACCAAAGACCGUCGAGGACAUGGGAUGUCAUGUUGAUUGUAUGACGGUCGAUAAGAAGACUGGAGAUGUGGUUGUGGCCAGAGAAGAUGCCAUCUAUACCUACACAUUGGAAGGCAGAGGAGUGCCACGCGCGUACGAGUCGGCGAAGCGGUUGGUGUCGAUCUACCAGGACUACAUCGCCCUGAUAUGCCCGCCAUCAUCCUCCACCUCAGACAAGCCGACUGACAACUUGCGCCGUCGCUUCGGUGGCGGUGCCGCGGACGCCCUCUUCAAUGCAUCCACCUUCGUUCUCCUGGAACCGGAUCUCAGAGUUUUAGGACACACACAGUCUCUGAUUUCCCCGUUCAAAGCCAUGUUCCAAAUUUGGGGGGAUCUCUUCAUCCUUACGCAAGAUGGCAAGGUCAACCGGUACCACGAAAAGUCGUUACAACAGCGUCUCGAGAUGCUGUACCAGCGCAAUAUGUUUCCCUUGGCCAUCGAGCUGGCGCAAAAGUCGGGACUCGAUGCCACGCAGCAGAGCGGCAUUUUCCGACGCUUUGGUGAUUAUCUGUACCAGAAGGCCGAUUAUGACGGGGCUAUGGUUCAAUACAUCAAGGCGAUUGAUACGACGGAGCCAUCACAGGUCAUCAGAAAGUUCCUCGACACCCAACGGAUACACAACCUUAUCCAGUAUUUGGAACAACUGCACGAACACCGCAAGGCGACAUCUGAUCAUACAACGCUCCUUCUCAACUGCUAUGCCAAACUCAAGGAUAUUGACAAGUUGGAAGCAUUCAUCAAGUCACCCGGUGAUUUGAAAUUCGAUCUGGAAACCGCAAUUUCAAUGUGUAGACAAGGAGGCUACUACGACCAAGCAGCGUAUCUCGCCAAGAAGCACGGCGAAAUUGAUCUGGUCGUGGACAUCCUGAUAGAGGAUUCAAAAUCGUACGACGAGGCACUUGAUUUCAUUUGGCACCAAGACCCCGACGUGGCGUACCCUUGUCUGAAGAAAUACGCUAGAGUCCUGAUCGAAAAUUGCCCGAAAGAAGCGACGACAGUGUUUGUCGAUUACUAUACGGGCAAGUACCGACCGAGAUUGAAUUUGGUUCCGAUUGAGGACAACGGAGAGACUGUCGCAGCUGGCGGUAUGGUUGCCGGUGCAGCAAGCGCGGUUCAGAACCUCUCCAACUUUCUGCCUUUACCGUAUAUGAACACAUCAUCUCUUCAAAGCCCUGAGACACCAGGCAACGGGACUACGGCGAUCGACGGCGCCGUUCAGCUUAUCUUGAACCCCGACGACAUCCCGGUACCAAAAUAUACACCGCCGCCUCCAAGGACGGCCUUUUCCUCAUUUAUAGAUCACCCGGAUGAGUUCAUUGUUUUCCUGGAGGCGUGCUUGGAGGAGAAGGGCUUAAAGGAGAGUGACAGGACAGAUUUGUAUACUACAUUGUUCGAGAUGUACCUGCACAAAUCGAACGAGAAGAAGGGAGAGCAGCACCGGGAAGAGUGGGAAAGCAAGGCCAAGAAGCUCAUUGAGGGCGAGGACAUUCCCAUGGAGAGCUCUAAUGUCCUCCUCUUAUCACACUUGUCCGACUUCAAGGAUGGCACGACGCUGGUCAAGGAGCAGUCUGGCCUUCUCUUCGACAUCUUCCGCUCUUAUACAUCGGCCAAGGAUACCCGCGGAGCCAUCAAAGCCCUCCGCAAAUACGGGCCUGAGGAGCCACAACUAUACCCGGCCGCCCUGGCGUACCUCACCUCCGACCCGCGAAUACUUGAGGAGGCCGGUUCGGAGGAGCUUUCCGCGGUCCUCAACAAGAUCGACAAGGACGGGCUAAUGGCGCCGCUGCAAGUCAUACAGACCCUCGUCGGCCAGUCUGGCGCGUCGGGUGGCGUGGCGACCAUGGGCAUGAUCAAGCCCUACCUCCACGAGACGAUCGAACGCGAGCGCAAGGAGAUCGCGGCCAACCGGCGGCGCAUCUCGGCGUUCCGUAGCGAAACGGAGCAGAAGCGGGCGGAGCUGGCCGACCUCGGCUCCAAGCCGGCCGUGUUUCAAUCGACGCGGUGCGCCGUGUGCACGGCGCCGCUUGACCUUCCGGCGGUGCACUUCCUCUGCAAGCACAGCUUCCACCAACGGUGCCUGCGCACCGAGGGCGAGUGCCCGCAGUGCGCCAACGACAACGCGACGAUCCGCGCGCUGCGCAAGACGCAGAUGGAGACAGCCGGCAAGCAUGACUUGUUCAAGGCCGAGCUGGAGCGCAGCGAGGACCGGUUCGCCACGAUCGCCGAGUGGUUCGGCCGCGGCGUCAUGGGGCCGCCCAGUGCCGAUACGGCGUAA